AUGAAUCUACUUACAGGCGCAAUAUUUACUUUUGCGCUUUACACGGGAAUCUCAUGUUUUGUUCAGACCCGUAACCAGCCACUUUCUAGAUGGAUGCUUGGAAGAAUCCAAAACGCUUGUCCAUCGGCAGCAAAUGAUUCAUUUUGCCUCAACGGUGGCACAUCCAGAGCCGAAAAGAUAUAUAGACAAACUUUAUGCUACUGUGAAUGUCCUCCAGAAUUUUUCGGAGAAAGAUGUGAGAUCAGAAGAAAAAGUGAUGAAAGUAAGACCUGUCACACAGAAGUGGAGCAACAUUUUUGCUUGAACGGUGGUACAUGUGUUGAAGGCAACAUAGGAGAACAAUUAAUUUACUACUGUGUGUGUCCAAACUACUACUGGAAGGAGAAGUGCCAAGCGAAAUCGUUACCAGAAGCGCAGCCGUGUCCACCUGAUAAGGACGAAACUUUCUGUAUGAAUGGUGGUACAUGUUAUUUUCAGUGUCUUGAAAACGAAGAGCAUUACUACUGUGACUGUCCAAGAGAUUAUACUGGACUUCGUUGCCAGCAUGAAACAUUCCCUGAGAAAGCUUGCGGACCACCAUUCUAUUUUCUUCUCUGCUUGAAUGGGGGCACGUGUAGUCGAAUGAUAUGGAAAUAUACCGUCGUUUACAGUUGCCAUUGUACAGAAGGUUUUUAUGGCGUGAGAUGCGAACAUGAGUCGAGAAAUGCAGGCCACGAUAAGUGUCAAAGUGAAUCAUUCUGUCUGAACGGUGGAACGUGUUAUGCCGUGAGCGCAGAAACCGAAUCUGUUUAUUUUUGUGAAUGUAAAGAUGGAUACACAGGUCAGAGAUGUGAGUUACAAUUAGAAGCCUAUGGAGAGCUGUGUUCGUCUUCAUUACAAGAAACAUUUUGUCGGAAUGGUGGCACUUGCUAUGAAGGGAACGUCACUGGAAUUACCAUGUACUAUUGUCAGUGUCGUGUCGGCUUCUGGGGAGCUAGAUGUGAAGAACAAACUAUAAUGCGGCUCGAAUGCCCAGAGACAUUAAAGCUAAAUUUAUGUGAGAAUGGAGGAACAUGUCUUGCCAUUACAUCCAACGGACAGGAUAUGAUGUACUUCUGCAAAUGUGUUGAAGGAUUCACUGGAAUAGCCUGUGAGUAUUCAGACCAGCUUUUGAGCACUGUAAGUGAUUGCCCACCACAUAUGUCGAGAGAAUACUGCUUAAAUAAUGGAACAUGCUAUAAGGAUAUAAUUUCAGAUGUAUCAGGCUAUUAUUGUGUCUGCCCUUAUCCAUUUCACGGGGAGAGAUGUGAACUGACGUUCCCCACAGAGUCACAUUGUCCAGAUUUCAUUCAAAAGCAGUUAUGUUCACAGCAUGCUACCUAUGUGAACAUACUUCUAUAA